UGAUUGGUUUAUUGUUAGGAACUUGUCUAUUCUUGUUUCUAGGUAAUAAUAAGUAUUAUAUACAUAGUCACAGAACGUUAAAUAAACAAUAAUAAACCAACCAAUAAUAAUCUCUACGCCAUUUUGUGAGUGUCGGGGUCAGAACUUUAAAGGGAUUUUUUUUCCAUUUGUUAGCUGUGCAUUUUAAUGGAUUUAAUGUAUUAGUAAAUUAAAGAUGACGAUGACAUGGCAUAAUUGGAGCUGUUUGAUAAUUUGGAUAUAUUCUGUGUUUCUAAUACAUGAUGUAGAAUGUGCCACCAAUCAAUCGAGGAUUGUUUCUAAAGUAAAAGCGACAGGUGAUUGUUUAGAUGCGUCUGGUAAUGUGAUGAAUGAUGGAGACAAUUGGCCGUCUGCUCCCGGGGUCUGUGAUAACAACAUAUGUUUUAUUGUUUUCUCUGGCAAGUUUAUAGUACAAGAAAGAUGUCGGCCAUUAGCACCAACAGAGAAUCCGGAUACGACCAACUGUCAGUUGGUUGAAGAUAACAGUAAACCUUUUCCUGAAUGCUGUCCUAAAUUACAAUGUAGUGAACGAAGUCCUUUAACAACAUUAUCGCCCUCAGUUUGUUUGGACUUAGCAGCGACAUUUGCCUGUGAAUUUUGGCGAAAUGAAACAUUUGGUUGUCAAACUGGUAUAAAUGAUGUAUUUUAUAAUUAUACUAGAGAUUAUUGUCGUAAAACAUGUGGACACUGUUAACAUCAACCAACCAAUUUGAUACUAAUGUGAUGCGUGUUAAAUAGUUUAUAGUUCAUUCAACGAUAUUCUAAUAGUUCCAACUUAUAUUUCUGAAUAGACGUACAGAGAGGCUACAUGAAAGGAGUCUCGU